CCCGUGCAGUUGGGCCUUUUAGGAAUAAGCCUGCCGCUUGCCAAGUGUAAAUUGCUGCUUGUUGGAGUUUAAAAACUUAAAAAAAAAAAAAAAAAAAAAAAAAGCAAAGCACAAUCCAGUUGGACGGUAGAGGAAGCGAGUUUCAGGCGUCCCGGCCACAGGGGUUUCCUAGCCACUCAGCACGGAGCCAGAACUGCCUUGAUCCAGGAGCCUCUCGUUUAAGGUAGCGCUUUAGACUUCAUAGCACUGAAUUAACCUGCACUGAAAGCUGUUUACCUGCAGUUGUUCACUUUUGUUGAAAGUGACCAUGUCUCAAGUUCAAGUGCAAGUUCAGAACCCAUCCGCUGCUCUCUCAGGGAGCCCAGUACUGAACAGGAACCAGUCUCUUCUCUCCCAGCCUUUGAUGAGUAUUCCUCCUCCUGCUAGCUCUCUGCCCUCUGAGAAUGCAGGUAGACCUAUCCAAACCUCUGCUUUACCCUCUGCAUCUGUUACCUCCACCAGUGCAGCUGCAGUUCCUUCUAACACGGCACACCCCAAAGAGAAAACCCCAAUGUGUCUUGUGAAUGAGUUAGCCCGUUUCAACAAGAUUCAGCCCGAGUAUAAGCUUUUGCGUGAGCAAGGUCCAGCUCACUGUAAGGUGUUUACAGUACAGCUAACACUUGGCGAUCAGAACUGGGAAGCGGAAGGAACUAGUAUUAAAAAAGCCCAGCACACAGCUGCUGCCAAAGCUUUGGAAGGAACAAAAUUUCCCAAACCUAUAGUCCGCCCUUUCCGUAGCGAAGGAAGGAAUCCAGGUAUUACGCGUGGGCCCAGCCAGGUUCCUUUGCAGAGUGUGUCUAGAGAAAGCAUAACUCCUACCGUAGAGCUCAAUGCACUGUGCAUGAAACUUGGAAAAAAACCAAUGUAUAAGCCUGUUGACCCCUACUCCCGGAUGCAGUCCACCUUCAGCUACAACAUGAGAGGAGGUGCCUACCCCCCCAGGUACUUCUACCCGUUCCCAGUGCCGCCCAUCCUUUACCAGGUCGAGCUCUCCGUGGGCGGGCAGCAGUUCAACGGCAAGGGCAAGACGCGGCAGGCCGCCAAGCACGACGCCGCCGCGAAGGCGCUGCGGAUCCUGCAGAACGAGCCGCCGCCAGAGCGGCUGGAGGUGAAUGGAAGAGAACCUGAGGAAGAAAACCUGAACAAGUCUGAAGUGAGCCAAGUGUUUGAGAUCGCGCUCAAGCGGAACCUGCCUGUGAACUUUGAGUCUUUCCCUCUGAAACAGGUCGCCCGCGAGAGUGGCCCGGCCCACAUGAAGAGCUUCCUGACCCGGGUGUCUGUCGGGGAGUUCGUGGGGGAGGGGGAGGGGAAGAGCAAGAAGCUCUCCAAGAAGAACGCCGCCAUCGCCGUCCUGGAGGAGCUGAGGAAGCUCCCGCCCCUGCCCGCGGCCGAGCGGGCCAAGCCCCGCAUCAAGAAGAAAACCAAGGCCAUAGUCCGGAGCGGCCCCGAGUGCGGCCAGGGCAUGAACCCCAUCAGCCGCCUGGCGCAGAUCCAGCAGGCCCGGAAGGAGAAGGAGCCCGAGUACUCGCUGCUCUCGGAGCGCGGCCUGCCCCGCCGCAGGGAGUUCGUCAUGCAGGUGAAGGUGGGGAACCACACGGCCGAAGGCACCGGCACCAACAAGAAGGUGGCCAAGCGCAACGCGGCCGAGAACAUGCUGGAAGUCCUGGGCUUCAAGGUGCCGCAGGCGCAGCCCGUGAAGCCGGCCCUCAAGUCCGAGGAGAAGACGCCAGUAAAGAAAUCGGGUGAUGGAAGAAAAGUAACCUUCUUUGAACCAGGCCCUGGGGAGGAGAAUGGGACUAGCAAUAAAGAGGAGGAGUUUCGGAUGCCUUAUCUCAGCCAUCAGCAGCUGCCCGCUGGGAUUCUCCCCAUGGUGCCCGAGGUCGCCCAGGCCGUGGGAGUCAGUCAAGGACAUCACACCAAAGAUUUUAGCAGGGCGGCGCCAAAUCCUGCCAAGGCCACGGUAACUGCCAUGAUAGCCCGUGAAUUGUUGUAUGGGGGCACCUCGCCCACCGCCGAGACCGUUUUAAAGAGUAACGUCUCUUCAGGCCCCAUGUCCCACGGACCUCUAACGAGACCCUCCGAGCAGCUGGACUAUCUCUCCAGAGUCCAGGGCUUCCAGGUUGAAUACAAAGACUUCCCCAAAAACAACAAGAACGAGUUUGUAUCGCUGAUCAAUUGCUCCUCUCAGCCACCUCUGAUCAGCCACGGCAUCGGGAAGGACGUGGAGUCCUGCCACGAUAUGGCCGCCCUGAACAUUUUAAAGUUGCUGUCCGAGUUGGACCAACCAAGUACAGAGAUGCCAAGAACAGGAAACGGACCAAUGUCUGUGUGUGGGAGGUGCUGAACCUUUUAUGGCCAUGAAUCAUUAUUAAAAAAACCCAACCUAUAUACUGAAAAAAAUUGGAAUUUGAUACCUCCAGUGGGCUGAGAGACGUGACGGGGGAAGAACUGGAGACGGUGGAGCCGACGCGGACUCGGGAGGCGCAGCGGGGCGGGCACCUCAGCCGUGAGGGGAUCUUUGGGUUUUUUCCUGCUGUGUGGAAGAAGAAACAGCUCGACCCCCUUCUCAAACUGGCUCGGUAAACGCUUUGGGACAAACCCUGGACGCCCAUGUCGGGGAGAGAGGCUCUAGCUCGGCCCAGAGCAACAAGCACCAGAGAAAAUCAAACGCUUCCUACUCGGCGCAAGCUAAUCUUUCCUGCGCUAAGGCCCGCCUCUUGACCCCUGCUUUCUCUUCCAAAAGAUAAUCUUUCUUUCAUUAUUUUCUUUUGAUUGAAAUGACACUAUAUAAAGUUUUAGUUUCGCAAUUGUAUCUAGUUCUGUAGCAGUUUAGAAAUUGUCUCCACAACAAUAACCUGCAGAGAUCAUAUCCCGUGUAUGUGCUUUCGCAGUUUUACUUGGUUGGACUAACCCAGGACCUGCGAUACAAAUUGUGUGCCCUCUGGCAGCUGAACCGCCCUGGCCUUCUCAGAAACUGAGGAACUUUCCCAGUUGUAUAAACUGGACACUUUGGGAAUUUUAAACUUUACAUGAUCAUUUGGUUCUUUUUGUAUUUUAUUAAUGCAACAAGACUUCAACCGGUGGACUUUAAUCUUUGUCUCAAAGAUUAUAAAAACAUUCGUGUGCAUGUCGGUAGGGCUCCAGAGGGCACGUCGCUGGCACUACACCCAGGAUAUGAUCUUGUAGUACAAGCAGUCCGAGUCCCUAGCGUGCUUCGUACUGUCUGCCAUCUCUGUGUAGGGCUGAAAGAAGGACCCGUGUCUCUCUCGCCCUGUGUUCCGCUCUCAGUGAGCACAGGGCCGUGGGCAUGGCCGGGCAGCCGAGUUAGCACUGCUUCCAUUUGUUGUUUACGCUGGAAUUUUUUUCUCCCCAUGGAAUGUAAGUAAAAUUAGUGUUUGUCACCAAUAAAUGGUAAUACUAAAUUUUUUUUGUUAAUUUAUUUACAAAUGCCACUACUGUUAGAUUGGUUCCCUUCCACUUGCCCCCUUUUAUUAUUUUUAAGAAAAACCUUUGUAUUGCUUGUGAGUCCGUCUGGGCAAAAUUCUAAAGAUUUGAACUUUAUAUGAAACCAUUGAUCAAUAAACAGAAAUUCACGACUCUU